UGUAUGUACAUAUACAUUUGCCAUUACGAAGAAAAAAUAAUUUAAUGCAAAAAAGGAAGAGGACGAAAGUUUUCAAAGACACACACAGUUGUAAUGUCUUAUCAAGAAUUAACAUGUAUAAAUCUAUAAAAAAGACUACAUGAUUUAAUGGUAGAUGAAAUGUUAUAAAGAGACAAAGAGAGAGAAUAAGACAGCCAGAAAGGAUCAGAAUAAAUUUAUUAAGUGCACUGUACAUAAUAUUUAAAAUGCCAAGUUCAUAUUUAUAUGCUAUUAAUAACGAAGGGCGUGUGUUUGGAUUGUCGACAUCUGGGAAUAUGUGGCGUGAAUUUAUGUAUCUAGGACUUGAAUUUAAACAAUUAUCAGCUGUGCCACAUUUUAUGUGGGCGAUUGGCGGCGAUCGGCAAGUUUAUGUUCACGUUCAUGGUUUAGACGUACCAAUCAGAAUUAAGGAGGAAACUUAUGAGAAUGAGCGAUGGUUGCCUUUGGAAGGUUUCUCCGGAAGGUUACUUCCAACUGACAGAUAUAAUUUUUCAAAUCAAGAUGGUACAGUCAAUCGUAGCAGAGACAAAGUAAAGUUACCAUCAAUGGCAUGGCAAUGGGAAGGUGAUUGGCAGAUAGAAACUACGUUAGAUGGCCAACCAUUAGAUCACGAUGGAUGGACAUACGCAAUUGAUUUUCCAGCUACGUAUACUACAAAAAAGCAGUGGAAAUCCUGCGUAAGAAGACGCAAAUGGGUUCGUUAUCGGAGAUAUAGCGCUAUGAAUUCCUGGUGCGCUAUUGCACCUCUUCAUAAAGAUCCAACCAAGGAACCUUUUAUCGAUGUCGCUGUGGGUGGACAUCAAAUGCCUGGAGGUAGCUCUGGAAGCUUAGUAGUCUGGGCGGUAACUGCCCACGGAAGGGUAAUGUUUCGUGUUGGGACUAGUACAACUUGUCCUGAAGGACAAAGAUGGAGCUGUAUUAAAUUAGCAAAUGGCUAUGAAGUUUGUCAAAUUAGUGUUGGAGUAACUGGUCUUGUUUGGGCUGUACUUACAGUGGGCAAAGCACUGAUACGUACAGGCAUAACGAGAGACAAUCCAAUGGGUGAAGAUUGGUCAGAAGUGGAAUCACCGGAAAAGGACUUGAGAUUGGUACAAGUUAGUGUUGGCACUGAUGCUGUAUGGGCUGUAACGCACGAUGGUGGAGUAUGGUUCCGAAAGGGUAUUCAAGGCGAAAUAAGUGGCGUUUGCGAACAAUUGGCUACUGGUACCGGUUGGGUUGAAAUGUUGAGCAAAAUGGCACUAGUAUCUGUUGCUCCAAACGAUCAAGUUUGGGCUAUUGGCUAUGACGAUCGAUGUUUGUAUUAUCGUACUGGUAUCGCACGCUCCGAAUUAACGGGAAAACGGUGGAAAUUAAUAAACGCACCACUUCAAUUGAGUAGAGCAAGUAGUAGCGCCAGUUUAUCAUCUAGCAACAGGCAUAGCACUUGCGGCACGCCACAACAGCAACGUCAUCAGAGUUGGAGUUCCUUGAAUCGGCCUCAUAGUACUGGUGAAGGUACAAUGUUAAUUAGAGAAUGGGAAGAGCAGUCACGGUCGGCACCGACUCCCACGUCUUUAAAAUUGUGGCAACGUACCGGGGACAGUGCACCCACGAAAAAUAUUCAACAAACGUCUUUUCAAGAUAUAUAUUUAAAUGAAGAGAAGAAGAGAUCUACAAGUUCUAUAGAUGCAGGUGAUUUAAAUGAAGCGAGUGUUGCUAGUAUAACUAUAUCUAAUGAAUCUUUAGCAAAAAGCGGAGAAUCAAUAAUCGUCUCGGGAAAAGGAAUGAGCAGUACUGUUAAGAUUAAUCCUGCUGCUUGGAGCCCUGUUCAUUCUGUCGGUUCUAUGGUUGGUGUUGAGGCACAUCCAGAAACAGAUGGAAGUGUAUUUGAUCCAGAUUUAACUGAUUCUGGUGUGUAUGGUGAAGACGAAAGCGCAGGCAUAAUAUAUUGGACCGAGUGCGACGUGCUAUGGUACAAGGUGGAAGCUGGGGCAUGCUUUGUCGAUCCAACAAAUCCACCAAAAUGGAUCGCAGAUGGUAACGGUACAAUACAAGGGGAAACUGCAGAGUUAUGGAGAAUAUGUAUUUUGGAUGAAUUAAAGGCGAGAUUAAAGAAAAUGUCAUUUGAUUCCUCAGUGAUAUAUGAGAAAGCGGUUGAAAAAUUAUCUUGGGUGAAAAGUGGCGAUGCUAAAUGUAAAAUUAAACACGGCAGUUUAUAUGAAGAUUGUAAGAUUGAACUAGAAUGGAUAAGUAGCGAUACUGGAUCAUUAGAUUCUGGGACCUUAAUAAUAUUAAAUUCGGACGGCAUAACAAGCAUAAUACAAUUUCCCAUUUCGGAAAUUACGUGUGUCGUUUGCUGUAGCGAACCAGGUAAUCCAAGAAUAGCAGUUUAUACUCCUAAAUUAAGACGUUCGAAAGUAAUUAGAUUACAAUUUGCAAGUGAUACAGAAAUGGAAGAUUGGUUGGCGCAUUUAACUUUAGUGUCUUGCCAAAUGAAUAAUGUAUAUGGUAGGCCUGGUCCAAAUUCUAUUUGGAGCACUACUGCAUUAGGUGACGUGUAUGUAUUUGAUCCUGCAAUUGCAGAGGAAUGUCAAUUAUCUAAAGACGGAUAUAUACAAGAAAUUGAUGUAACUGGUAAAGACAUGCCAUUUGAAAGUAUAUUACAGAAUGGUUUUGGAUAUGGUAGUACUCUAAAAAUUACAGUAUGUAUUCAUGACGACGCUGACAGAUUGUCUUUUAAUCUCGUCUGUUAUACCACAACAUUUGUGAAGCAAAAGACUAUAAUGGAUAGUCAUGAUGUAGCUUUGCAUUUUAAUCCAAGACUCAAAGAAAAUAUUAUUGUACGGAAUACAUAUCAAAAUGGUCAAUGGGGAGAUGAGGAAAGAAAUGGGGAUAGUCCGUUAAAGGCGGGUUGUGAUCUAACGUUAUAUAUUAUUUGUGAAGAACGCGGUUAUAAAAUCUACAUUAAUGGUAGCGAAUAUACCUUUUAUAGUCAUCGAAUAUCUCCGCAAAGUAUUACACAUUUGCGUAUUAAAGGAUUAUUAACUUUAUGUAAUAUUACAUACAAAUCCCCAUUUGUAAUUAUAGAACCUAGCACAAUGUUUUGGAGACAGAUUGGUGGACAUUUAAAAAAAGUUGAAACAUGUUCCGUAGGCGUCACUUGGGGCAUUGGCUACGAUAGUACCGCUUGGGUAUAUACAGGUGGUUGGGGAGGCACAUUUCUUAAAGGUCUAGGAAUUAGCAAUACUGGAAUAAAUACGAUGGUAGAUACCCAUAAUUAUUACGUAUACGAAAAUCAACGCUGGAAUCCAGUAACUGGAUAUACCGCGCAUGGACUUCCAACAGAUCGCUACAUGUGGAGCGAUGCAACUGGACGCCACAAACGUACGCGAGAGCAUACAAAAUUAUUGUCGAUGCACUGGCAUUGGAUAUCAGAUUGGAUUGUCGACUUUCAUACACCUGGUGGCGUUGAUAGAGAUGGGUGGCAAUACGCUACUGAUUUCCCGGCACAAUAUCACGGUAAAAAACAGUUUACCGAUUACGUUCGAAGAAGACGAUGGUUUAGAAGAUGUCAACUAACAACCAGCGGACCCUGGCAAGAAUUAGGGAAUACGAAACUCGUUGAUGUCUCUUUAUAUGCGACUGGAAAGCCUGGCACAGAUGCUCCUAUUCAUGUCUGGGCAGUUGCCGCAAACGGUGAGGCUUUAUUCAGACGAGGUGUUUCGGAAUCUUGUCCAAUGGGUAUAUCAUGGGAACAUAUACCAAGUGACCAGCCUCUAAUUAAUAUAUCGUGUGGCCCAUGUGGACAAGUAUGGGCUGUUGGUAAAAACGGAUCCUCUUGUUGGAGACUAGGCAUCAGUGCUACAAAACCGACUGGUUUGCAAUGGCAGACUGUCGAACCUCCUUCAGGAGCCCAAUUAAAGCAAAUUUCAGUAGGACGUGAUGUAGUAUGGGCUUUAGAUACGAAUGGUAGAUUAUCAGUACGCCGAGAGAUACAAUCUAAUGUUUUCCCUGAAGGAACCUAUUGGCAAACUUUACCUGCUAUGCCAAACGACCCUAUUCAUAUAGAUAUGUCGGUAUUAAAUGCGAAACAAGGAUUCCGACAUGUAUCCAUUUCGAGGGAACAGGGACAAGUUUGGGCAAUUUCAGGAGCUGGUAUUAUCUGUCGAAGAAUUGGAAUUACUGAUGAAAAUUCAGCUGGAACUGGAUGGGUAACCGGUAUAGGGGCAAACUGGCAACAUAUAAGUCUCGGAGGUCUUAUAAAUAAAACAAAGUGAUAUCUGUACUGCACGAUAAAAUUGAUAUGAAUAUACUAUAACAUAAAACAUAAUAAUUUUGUGAUUAUCUUGUAAAAUAUGGUAUCAUGUGUGUGUAUGUAUACUUGUUUAUUAUGCAGAAAUGUCUUGUGACAAUUUUUAGACAGUAAUUAUAUCUAUAAUUAUGAAUUGUGUAUUACAUACUUGACACUGAUUAUUAGAAACUUUUGCCUCAAUACAAAAGAUAUUCUUUAAAGAAAUUGAAAUGAAUAAAAUAAUUUAUGACACACAUAUACACACGUACAAAAAACACACAUAUACACACAAAAUACACAUAUAAAGAGGAUUUAAUUGAUAAACAACUGUAACUUGUAAUAUUAUCAUUACCGUUAUCAUUACAGUCAUUUCUUUUCGGCAAUUGUGAUAAUAAUGAUGUAAAAUUUUUGUGUGUAAUGACAAAAAUAACUAAUACAUCUUUUUCACAAAUUCAACACUUUACUUUUAGAAACUAUUUGCAUAGCACAAUUUUACAUGCAAACAAAUACACAUAAAGAGCAUUAAUUUUUUA